UUGUGUUUUUCACCACUGACAUUUUGUGUGGUAUCGAAGCGUUUUCGUAAAAAUUACAUACACCGAUUCACCGGCACCAAGAGCCUCUUUCUUUUCCAUCCAUGGAGUACGGCACGUCGUGUUUGCGUCUACAUUGCAACGAAUCAGUUCUUCGACUACUGCGUCAUGGCCACUAUUCUGUUCAAUUGCAUUUUUUUAGCCAUGACUGAGACUGUGGAAGAGGCUGAAUACAUCUUCCUUGCGAUUUACUCCAUUGAAAUGGUGAUCAAAAUCGUUGCCAAAGGCUUCCUACUCAACAAGUACACGUAUCUGCGCAAUCCAUGGAAUUGGCUGGAUUUUGUAGUCAUCACAAGUGGCUAUGCUACUAUUGGCAUGGAGGUGGGCAAUCUAGCCGGUUUGCGUACAUUUCGCGUAUUACGCGCAUUAAAGACUGUUUCAAUAAUGCCAGGACUAAAGACUAUCAUCAACGCACUACUGCACUCGUUCCGACAAUUGGCCGAGGUUAUGACUUUGACCAUUUUUUGUUUAAUGGUCUUUGCACUAUUCGCACUACAAGUAUACAUGGGAGAACUAAGAAAUAAGUGUGUAAAAAAUCUUCCAGACGAUUGGGUGAAUACCACCGAUGUGGAAUGGAGGAGCUGGAUCAACGAUACUGACAAUUGGCUCUACGACGACGAAGAAUUGCCGAUGCUGUGUGGCAAUUUGACCGGUGCGCGUCACUGCCCUUUUGGUUAUACUUGCCUCUGUGUGGGCGAGAACCCAAAUCAUGGUUAUACGAAUUUCGAUAACUUCAUGUGGUCUAUGUUGACAACGUUCCAGUUGAUAACCUUAGACUAUUGGGAGAAUGUGUACAAUAUGGUCUUGGCCACAUCUGGUCCCAUGAGUGUGUCAUUUUUUACCGUGGUUGUGUUUUUUGGCUCAUUUUAUUUAAUUAAUCUAAUGUUAGCCGUAGUUGCAUUAAGUUACGAGGAAGAAGCGGAAAUAACAAACGAAGAACGCAAGAAAGACUUAUUGGAUCAUCGCGAUGAUUCAACAUUUAGCUUCGACCCGUCCGUUUUAAAUGUUAAAAAACUUAAUAAAAAUAACAAAAAGAAAAUCGAUUCUCGUAAGGGCGUACUGCUGGCUUCGUACAGCAAAAAGAAGACGCGUCGAAAAAAGGCUAAAGGGGGGAAGGAUGGUGCCAACAGCAACAACGAUAGCAACGGAGAUGGCCAAAAUAAAAGUAGAUCCGUUACGCCCAGUCCCGGUCCAAGUCCGCGUCACAGCAACGCUGAACGUCCCAAGCAGCUGCAAUUGCAACACACAACCACACAGCAGCAGCAGCAGCAGCAACAAUUGCUGCCAGCACCCACUGCACAACAACAACAACAACAACAACAAAAACCACAAACACCACAAGCGCUCACACCGAAAGAAGCGCAGACUGCUCGCACACGCAUAUGCUUCCAAGAAGAUGGUGGUAAUAAAAAUCCAAAUAUGCUAUAUCCAUCUGAUUACAAAGGUCAAUUGGUGCCCGGUAGCCGUCAAGCUAGUUCCAAUUCGAGUGGUGUCAAUCGUGAAUCAUCUCAAGAUGAUUCCGGUGUGGUGGACGAUCACGAGGAGCAGGAAACGGGCACCGAAAUGGUGAAUGUAUCCACAGUGGAGUUGCCAAAUGAGCUGACCUCAGUAACGUUGGCACUGUCGCCGCGUGAGGUACGGCUCAUCAAAUGCAAUGGUAACAUUGCACGCAUUAAGAAGCAUAACAUUUAUGCGCUGCAUCAGGAAUUUUCUUCGGAAAUUGUGGUGAUCGAUGAUCUUCCGGAUCGUAAUUGUGAUAGAUGCAUACAAUGCUGCGUCAACUAUGAAGGCUGGCUGCAGUUUCAAAAUUGUCUCUAUAAGGUGGUGCGCGAUCCACUUUUCGAAUUAGCUAUCACACUUUGUAUAGUAUUAAAUACGGCAUUUUUAGCUAUGGAACAUCAUGGCAUGAGUGAGAACUUUCGCAAUGCAUUAGACGUAGGAAAUAAGGUUUUUACAUCGAUUUUCACAUUCGAAUGCAUCAUUAAAUUAAUGGCACUAUCGAAGGAUUUUUUUCUAUGUGGCUGGAACAUAUUCGAUUUGAUAAUUGUGACAGCCAGUUUAUUAGAUAUCAUAUUUGAGUUGGUGGAUGGACUAAGCGUGUUGCGGGGCUUGCGUUUGCUUCGCGUGCUGAAACUUGCGCAAUCUUGGACGACAAUGAAGGUCCUGCUCAGCAUUAUUAUAUCGACAAUAGGUGCUUUGGGUAAUCUUACGCUAAUUUUAGUUAUAGUCAUUUAUAUAUUCGCUGUGAUCGGCAUGCAAUUGUUUUCGAAAGAUUACACACCAGAAAAAUUCGAUCCAGACCCAGUGCCAAGGUGGAAUUUCAACGAUUUUUUCCAUUCGUUUAUGAUGAUUUUUCGCAUAUUGUGUGGUGAGUGGAUUGAGCCGCUGUGGGAUUGCAUGCGUGCAGAGGAAGAGCAAGGUGCCUCUUCCUGCUUUGCAAUAUUUUUGCCAACGCUAGUUAUGGGAAAUUUCAUGGUGCUAAACUUGUUCUUGGCGUUGUUGCUCAACAGUUUCAAUUCGGAGGAAUUGAAAUCGAAAAAAGAGAUUUUCAAAAAGAAGGAAGUCGGCGAGGAGUCGAAAUUGGCGCGCAGCAUCGAACGCGUACGCGAUCUGAUACGCAAGAAGCGACAGGAACGCAAAGAGCGUAAGGAACGCAAAUAUGCGACAAAGUUCCAACAAAUCGUUAUGGAGGCGCAGCAGGCGGCCGCGAAGGUGAUCGAAAAGCCGAGCUUAAUAACGGAAACUAAACUGCAUAGGCUUAGUUAUCAAGAAUCCAUGAAUCGUCCGGUGUCCGGUUCGGAUUUCGGCUUUCAGAUUCCACUCAAGGACACCUUACACACCAUCGUUGACGGCGUAGAGAGCGAACACGAGCUAUCCGAACUACAAUUACAACAACACCAGCAGCAGCAGCAGCAGCAACACCACCUACAGUCAACAACACAACAGCAGCAACAACUCACACAACAACAAAUACAACAUCACAUGCAGUUGCAACAGCAAGCGCCCUCCUUCGAUGGCAUCACGACAACAACUAGCUCCUGCCAAUUAGACAAUAAUAGCCGCAACGAUUACAAUACACUCUAUCCGCAGGCGGAACGUCGUCUGCUGCAUCAAGUGUCUUCCGGUUUUGGUACGCAACACAACGAUUCGCGCGACGAGCCAACAUACACCGAGUCCAUUGAGUUGCGGCUCAUGGGCCAGUACAAUUCGACUGAUACCGAUCCGUAUGCGAAUGAUCAGCGCAGCGGUUCGUUUAUGCGUGGCGAUUCGCUGCAGGACACAUCGUCACGGCGUUACUGCAGCGAGGAGCAUGAUGAGGCCUACUUGCAGUAUCAGAAGUCACUGUUGACGCGUUCGCCCAGCUACCGCAAGUCAUUGGAUCGCCUAUCGCAGUCGAGCGACCAGUCGCAACGUUCGCUGAUACCUUCGCGUAGCCUGAAGUCUGAUGAUGACUUGCAUUUAAGUGUACGUCGACAUUCGAGCGGCCAUUCGCUGAAUACCAUCUCCAUGGAACAUGAGGAGCUACUUUCAGGUCAGGGCAAUUUGCGCGAUGAGCUGCUGAAUUGCGAGCACAAAGAGCUUUUUCAAUUUCUGCAAGACGAUGCGGAUAAUAGCAAUAAUUAUUUCAGCGAAACCGUUGGAUAUGGCUCGGCAAUUGUCGAUGCCGACACAGAUUCGUUGAUUGUUGAUGUGCGAAAAGAUGAACGCAAACCAUCGACGAGCAGCAUCAAGUCGAACUUGAGCUAUAUUUCCAACUCGAUAUUGCAGCAGAUCGAGCAGCGNCAUCGCAAUGGCAGUCAUGCGUCCAGCAAUGGCAACGGGCAUGACAAUGAAGCGCUGCCACUGGUGGAGCAUUCCGAGUUCGACAACAUCAUACAGAGCUUCGAGAAGGAGUUGGAAGAGAUAAAGCGCUCAACCACGUCACUGGAGCGACGCCUGUCCACACUCUCAGAGCCGUCGCCUGCUGCCGAUGAAGCCAACAAAGCCAUACUCGAUCAUAUCGCUGUCAUUACAGGCGCCUCCGAGCGCUCUGCAGCCGAUGAAGUUGUACACCCACUCAACCCGUAUGACAGUUACGAUCUGUCGACUGUGCCGCGUCGUCAGCAUUCGCUGCUCACCAGCACCGAUCGCAAUUCGGUGAAGAUUAAACGUCGCAGCUUGGAGAAGCAGCGCAAAAUCGACGAAGACUUUAGCAUAUCAAAUGAAAUACGCAAAAUCUGUGAUCAAAUUCAUGCCCCAUUCGUGACCAUCGAAUCGAUGGCGGUGGCGGCAACGGUUACAGCGGCCGCUAAAUCGCCGUUCGCACGCCAUAAGAGCGAUCAAUUAAGCGCACAAUUCGAUCGCUUUAAGCGCCUAUCGCUCAUCGAACGUGUCGAUGAAGUACCUGAAGAGGAAAAGCCCAUAUCAACGCUGCGCAUGGAGUCGGAGAAACUGCCACGCAAGUGCCUAACCACAGACGCCAUCCGACUGGACAGCCUAUCGCUGAAGAGCACAAACUCAUAUGAGAAUUUGCUAAUACAAAAGCAACAACUGAGUCGUCAGCAGAGUAAUCAACGUGACGGCGCCUCUUUGGCUUCGUCGGGUGUGGCGGUACCACCAACGCCACCGACAUCACUCAAGUCGCAGCUCGAACCGCCAACACUAGCACAAAUAUCCUCAAUUAAGACCACGCCGCCGCUAGCGGCACUCACUGAGCACCAACAGCAUUACCAUGCCUCGAAAAUACAUGACCCACCUCCACCACCACUACUACAAAAGCCACUUAUUCCGUCAGCAACAAGAACCACCAUUUCCACCACUAUCACCACAACCACAACCUCGUCCAUCCGCCCAAGGGCUGCCGGCGAUGUUAGCGAUAUGCGCGCCAAACGCUUCGCCGAGCAUCCACAAUCGACACUAGACAAAGCCGCUUCCUUUCAAUCCGCACGCACCGAAUCGCAUAGUUCGGGCGCAGGCGGUAUUGCCGACACCAGCUCGGUACUGGCACUGGGAUACAGCGUACCGGGUGCACGCUCAUCUGCAGGCGGUGCUAUGGUAACGGAGACGGCCGAACCAACACAAAAGUCGGCCUUCUCGCGGCUGACCGAAAAACCAUGGCAUUGUCUGGUCUCCUACGUAGACGAUCUCACUGUAGGUGGGAGGCGUAACUCGCAGGGAGCAUACAAUGACCCCAUGACUUUUCCAAGUUUCGGACAAACGAAACCACCGAAAGUGCCAGAUGAUUGCUUUCCGCAGAAGUGUUAUGAUCAGUGGCAAGGAAUGCGAAUUGUAGUAAAUGCUCUCAUGUAUGCAAUACCGUCAAUUUUUAAUGUACUUUUAGUUUGUUUAGUCUUUUGGUUGAUAUUUUCCAUAAUGGGUGUACAAUUUUUCGGUGGUAAAUUUUUCAAAUGCCUUGACGACGAUGGUGAAUUGCUGCCAGUGACGGAAGUGAACGACAGAGCCGAAUGCAUCAAGCAGAAUUAUACUUGGAUCAAUUCGAAGAUCACAUUCGAUCACGUAGGCAUGGGCUAUUUGGCGCUGCUGCAGGUGGCCACCUUCGAGGGCUGGAUGGAGGUGAUGGCCGAUGCAGUGGAUGCGCGCGGCGUCGAUUUGCAGCCGCAGCGCGAGGCCAAUUUGUAUGCCUACAUUUAUUUCGUCAUCUUCAUAGUGUGCGGCUCAUUCUUUACGCUCAAUCUAUUCAUUGGAGUUAUUAUCGAUAAUUUCAAUAUGCUCAAGAAGAAGUAUGAAGGAGGAGUGUUGGAAAUGUUUCUCACCGAAUCUCAAAAACACUAUUACACCGCCAUGAAAAAGUUGGGACGAAAAAAACCACAGAAAGUCAUUAAGCGACCAAUAAAUCAUUUUUUAGCAAUGUUUUAUGAUUUAUCGAAUUCGAGAAGAUUCGAAAUAGCCAUAUUUGUAUUGAUUUUUUUAAAUAUGUUAACAAUGGGUAUCGAGCACUACAAUCAACCGCAUUCUGUGUUUUUUAUACUCGAAGUAAGCAAUGCAUUUUUUACCACCGUCUUUGGUCUGGAGGCGAUCGUCAAGAUCAUCGGUUUGCGUUAUCACUACUUUACUGUGCCAUGGAACGUUUUCGAUUUCCUACUUGUGCUCGCCUCCAUUUUCGGCAUCCUCAUGGAGGAUAUCAUGAUCGAUUUGCCCAUCAGCCCAACCCUCUUGCGUGUGGUUCGCGUCUUUCGCAUCGGUCGUAUACUGCGUCUCAUUAAAGCGGCCAAAGGUAUACGUAAACUGUUGUUCGCUUUAGUUGUCUCACUGCCGGCGCUAUUUAAUAUUGGCGCACUAUUGGGAUUGAUCACCUUCAUCUAUGCCAUAUUGGGCAUGUCACUGUUCGGCCAUGUUAAGCUGCAGGGCGCCUUAGAUGAUAUGGUGAACUUUCAGACAUUUGGACGCAGCAUGCAGCUGUUGUUUCGGCUAAUGACCUCCGCUGGUUGGAAUGAUGUGCUGGAAUCACUGAUGAUUCAACCACCCGAUUGCGAUCCCUUCUUCAAUAAACAAACGAACGGAGACUGCGGCCAUCCCCUAUUGGCCAUCACCUAUUUUACUAGUUUCAUUAUAAUCAGUUAUAUGAUUGUGAUUAACAUGUACAUUGCAAUUAUUUUGGAGAAUUUCAAUCAGGCACAUCAAGAGGAAGAGAUCGGUAUUGUCGAAGACGAUCUGGAGAUGUUCUAUAUCAGAUGGUCCAAAUACGACCCACACGCUACACAAUUCAUACAUUUCGGUCAACUUUCGGAUUUCAUUGCCUCGCUCGAUCCACCGCUUGGCAUUUCGAAGCCCAACACUGUGGCGUUGGUCUCAUUCAAUUUGCCGAUAUCGAGGGGUAAUAAAAUUCAUUGCCUUGAUAUUUUACACGCACUAGUCAAACAUGUGUUGGGUCAUGUCGAGGAAACGGACAACUUCAAACAGCUGCAGGAACAAAUGGACGUGAAGUUCAAGAAACAAUUCCCCACACGAAAAGAGUUGGAAAUUGUUUCGUCGACGCGCAUUUGGAAGCGACAAGAGAAGGCGGCCAAGACUAUACAGAAUGCGUGGCACGAAUAUCAGCGCAUGAAGAAGGAGAAAGAACGCUCAAAUUCGGGUGACAGCAUGACGCAGACAUCAAGUCCCGGUGGAUGGCAGUCCAAAUUGUCUGCGCUCAAUUUCUUUCAUCUUCAAGUCAGUCGUCGCGGUACUCAAUGUUCCAGCCGUGCGUCCUCACGCAAAUCCUCACGCGCCUCUGAUGCUUCCGAUCUGAGCGAACUAGCCGGUCCUUGGCUCAACCUGCCGCUAAUGUUGGUCUCUGGCGCUGACGAUGUUGUGAAGGACAUCAAGCAGCAAAGCGAGGAACUUGGCAAGCGUCCUAUUUCUAGAAUGUCCUCUUGUCUCUCCCUAACAUAUGAGUCAUUGCUCGCAGAUAUGGUCUCAAACGUUUUACGAAGUGGCUCACAGUCAAGUGAUAUAAAUUUGUUAGCAAAUUUCAAUGAUUGUGAAAGAGCUAAUACUUAA